AGAUCCUACAUAUGAAUGAGACCUGCCUUGUAUGGAACUGAGGUGAAGAAUUUCAACAUGGGUCAACAUAUUUCAAACCAGACACAAACUGUAAUUAAUAAGUUGCCAGAAAAAGUAGCCAAGCAUGCCUCUCUGGUUCGAGAAAGUGGUUUCUUAACGUAUGAAGAAUUUCUGGGAAGAGUGGCUGAGCUUAAUGAUGUUACUGCAAAGUUGUAUUCUGGACAAGACAAACAUCUGUUAUUUGAAGUGCAGCCAGGUUCUGAUUCUUCUGCUCUCUGGAAAGUGAUUGUUCGGAUAGUCUGUACUAAAAUAAAUAAAACAAGUGGCAUCGUGGAAGCUUCCAGGAUCUUGAACUUGUAUCAGUUCAUUCAACUUUAUAAAGACAUCACCAGUCAAGCAGCAGGAGUUCUUGCACGUAGUGGUGCCUCUGAAGAAACUGCUGAGUGUUUUACGUCUGUGUCAUCUUGUCAGGCCAGCUUAUGGAUGGGAAGGGUUAAACAGCUGACAGAUGAAGAGGAAUGCUGCAUCUGCAUGGAUGGGCGUGCUGAUUUGAUCUUGCCAUGUGCUCACAGCUUCUGCCAGAAAUGCAUUGACAAAUGGAGUGAUCGUCAUAGGAGCUGUCCUAUCUGCCGUUUGCAAGUGACUGGAGCAAGUGAUUCUUGGGUAGUUUCAGAUGCCCCUACGGAAGAUGACAUCGCUACUUACAUACUUAACAUGGUAGAUGAGGCAGGCCAGCCUCACAGACCCUGACACUGGCCAACAAGCUGGCAAUAGUAGGAGCACUUGAAGCUUUCAUUUUCAUGAAUAUCUGUUUUUAUCUCCCGUUGUCAUUCUUCCACCGCUCCUGUCUUCUACUUGUCUUCUUGGCUGCUGUGAAUCUAUGCUGCUCUUUUAAAACACAGGGUAUAAAAGCCAGUAUACAUGUGUGUAGUCUUAAUUAUUAAUCUGUAGUUUCAGAAAACUCUUUGAUUAUUAACAUUAACAGAGAUUAUUUUAACAAUGAUUACAGCUAUUAUUAA